GUGCUGCUGGUGCUGGUGCUGCUGGAGCUGCUGGAGGUGCUGCUGCUGCUGGAGGUGCUGCUGCUGCUGGAGGUGCUGCUGGUGCUGGAGCUGCUGGAGGUGCUGCUGCUGCUGGCGGUGCUGCUGGCGCUGCUGGAGGUGCUGCUGGUGCUGGUGCUGCUGGAGCUGCUGGAGGUGCUGGUGCUGCUGACGCUGCUGGAGGUGCUGCUGGUGCUGGUGCUGCUGGAGCUGCUGGAGGUGCUGCUGCUGCUGGCGGUGCUAGUGGCGCUGCUGGAGGUGCUGCUGGUGCUGGAGCUACUGGAGGUGCUGCUGCUGCUGGCGGUGCUGCUGGCGCUGCUGCAGGUGCUGCUGGUGCUGGUGUUGCUGGCGCUGCUGGAGGUGCUGCUGGUGCUGCUGGAGCUGCUGGAGCCACUGGUCCUGGAGCGUGUCCCUCUGCCGUCUCCUCCUGCGUCCUCUCUUCCUGA